AGGUGACAUGGAGCAUGGCUCGGGCCAGGAGCCAGACUAGAACUGUCGGCUCUCGGAGGCACUGGGUAAGGGGGAGAGCGUGCCAGCCCCACGGGAAGUACAGGACACGUAUGAUCAAUAAGAAUACCUGGCUUUUCCAUCAUGCUUUUCCAUCGGAAGAUGGAAGAAUCAAAAUUUAUCCCUGGUAACAAAUUUUCAAAAGACAGAAAUAUACUUCCUGGUCUGUCUGAGGAGGAAACUGAUAUGAUCAAGGCUGCUCUCGAAGCAGGAGACCUCUCAGGAGCAGCGUGUGUGGUGCAGAAGUCAGACGAGUUGUUUAACAACACCGAGCUCAACAUCGCGAUCACAGGGGAGUCAGGAUCUGGGAAAUCGUCCUUCCUCAAUGCCCUCCGGGGCCUGGGAGAUGAAGACAAAGAAGCUGCUGAGACCGGGGUGGUAGAGACAACCAAAGAACCACAGCGGUACCAGCAUUUUAAAUACCCCAAUGUGAUCUUCUGGGACCUGCCAGGCAUCGGGACCCCAGAUUUUCGGCCAGACACUUACCUGGAGCAGGUGACAUUCAAUCGCUAUGACUUCUUCAUCGUCAUUGCUUCGGAGCGGUUCAGAGCCAACCACGCCAAACUGGCCCAGGAGAUCCGGAGGAUGGGGAAGAAGUUUUACUUUGUGCGCUCCAAGGUGGACUUGGACAUCUACAAUGAGAAAGAAAAAAAGAAUUUCGAUGAGGAGAAAACCCUGGACAAAAUGAGGAACGACUGCAUCAAACACCUGUGCAGAGAAGGGAUGAGCUCCCCAAAGGUUUUCCUUGUGUCAAGCAGGGAAUUUCAGAAAUACGAUUCUCCCAAACUGCAGAAAAAGUUGCUGAAGGAACUGGGAAGUCACAAGAAACACGUUUUCCUCCUGGCCCUGCCCAACCUGUCCAAACCAAUCUUGGAAAAGAAAAAAAAAGCUUUGCAAAGACAGAUCUGGAAACAAGCCCUGAAGUCGUGCACCAUCGCAGCUGUUCCUCUCCCGGCUCUCUCGGUGAAGUGCGACGUUGGCAUCCUGGUGAAGAACAUGAGAGAGUAUUGUGAGAGCUUUGGACUGGACGACAUUUCCCUCUAUGCACUCGCUAGCCAGGUUCGGAAGCCUGUCGCUGAGCUGAAGGGUGUGAUCAAGUGCCCACUGGCCAAAAAUAUCUCAAAAGAAACGGCUGAGGAGCAGCUGACUAAGGCAGCAGGAAAGGGUCUAAUUUUAGCUAAACAUUUUAUCAGCAUGAUACCGGUGGGUGGGACCAUAUUUGCUGCAGAGAGGUCUUUCACAGUGACAUACAGAAUGCUGAACAGCUUUUUGGAUGAUGUCGCUGAAGACGCCCAAAGAGUCCUGAUCAAGGCCUUGGAGAGAGAAAACAAAUGAAUAACAGCAACAAAAGACCAGUAAACUGAU